AUGGCUUGGUCGGUCGGUCGGGGUCGAUUAAGCGUGCUGCGUGCGAUGUUGCAGGGCAGCAGUGUGGCUCAACAUUUGAGGCAGAAGAUGAGGCCCACAGCAAAGGUGGGGUGGUCGCGUGCGGGCAGCACGGCGGUAGUGGAGGAAAUCUCCUCGGAGGAGGUUCGCCACGGGGUGCAGCGAGCAGCUUGCAGCUUGGCAGCGCCAGUAGCGGCGCCGGAGGGUCUAGUGGACAAGGUUGCCGCAGUGCUGAGCGAGAACUACUUUGGGAAGUUCAUCGGGGCGGCCCUGAUGUUGCGAAAUCGCUUGAGGAGGCUUUCGCAAAAGAAGAGGCAGAAGGCCAAAUGUCCCCGCUCUCCCUUGCAGAGGCCCGGAGCCGCUAUCCAGGCAGUAAUAUUUAUGCUCAUUUACGCCGAUGACGAAAAUGUGCUCAGUGGGGGCGCCGAUCGCUGGCUCAAUCUCUGGAUGUCUCUUGCGCUUCUCUGCCUUCAGGGGACCCCCUUUUCAGAACGCAAAUGGCGCGGGGGCCUGCAGCUUGAUUGGGUCGGGUACGGGCGCGUCAAGCUUGGGAUUUCUGAAAAGAGGUGCCGAUGGAUCAUCAGUGGCAUCGAAUCCAUGGAGGAGAAUGGAUGGCUUGUGGAUGUCAGGCGCUUUCACGAGUUUCACGGGAGACUCGGUUUCAUGUCUCAGGUCUUAGUUUGGAUUAGGCCCUUCUUGACUUCUUGGCUCCUGGUUACGCUUGGCUGGCUGCUGUGUGGAAGGGAUCGGUCCUCGUAUCUCAUACGAUGUGUCUUGAGGUUUAUCGCUGACCGCUUGAGGCACGGGGCUCGUACUUACGAAUCCGCUGAGGUUCUCGCUUUGCUUGCGGCGCUACACUUGUUGAGACGUGACUUCAAGGAGCUUUGGUCUGUCCCAGGGCACUUCCGUGCUAGUUUCUGUGGCGGGACAGAUAAUAAGUCUGCCGAGGCACUGUCCUGCAAACUGCUUACGACGCGAGUGCCACUCAUGUUCGUUGUGAUGGAGUUUGUCACCUUUUGUGACGCUCUGGGUUUCAGGUGCAACCUCAGUUGGAGACCCAGGGACUCCAAUCAGGAAGCAGAUCGCAUCACCAAGCAUGUUUUCGAGGGCUUCGAUGAAAACUUGAGAUUACCUUUCAGCUGGUCAGAAAUGACCUUGUCAGUUCUGCCGUCUCUCUUGAGAUUCGCAAGCUUUCAGUCUGAACUUGACACCAUCAAGGCUUCGAUUGCAGAUGAUGACAAGCUCAGCUCCUCGAAUAAGGGUAUGGCGCAGGAGGGUGUGCGUCGACUCCAUGAUUGGCUUCGCCAUCAAAGUCGCCAUGAAGGAGACGAUGAGUUGGAGCGAUGGGUGCCUGCCUCGGCCCCUCCAGCCAAGUCGCGGAGUUGGGCUCCGGUCUAUUCGCACGGUGUCAUUCUUCGUUGGGAAAAGGCUAUGGCACCUGAGGCGGCGGCUGAGACGUCCGCAAACUGGUCCAAGCAUCUGGAGACUACGACUGACCGGUGGCAGCGUUCCAUAGAGUUCACCUGCCCGGCCAGCGAGUCGACGUCUGGGUCUGCGGGAUCAGGAGGCGUCGACCCCGAUCGCCGCGAGGCUGUGUCUGCGGCAUCAGGAGGCGUCGACCCCGAUGUCCGCAUGACGCCGGUUGGGAAGACUGAAAGCGCAUCGAUGGAUGCUCCCAGGGCCGCUCCUGCGAAGCGUCAGAUUACGUUGCAGCAAGCCGAGAUGGCUCGUGGGGAUCUGGUUGGUCGAUGGCGUAUAGUUGGCGCCGUGAGAAAGAAGGGCAGCAGCUACAGGGAUGUGGUCUCCAGCGAUUUCCAUCGUCAGUUUCCCGACUUGUUCCAGGCCAGCUGCGUGGAUUUGAAGUCAAAGCUUAACUCCGUUUACUGGUUCUUACACGUCAGUGCCCAGUCAGAGGAGCCUCCCUGCCAGGAAUGGUUACGACGUCGCGAGCUUGAUCAUGUCGUGGAAGAGUUUGCUCGUGAGACCAAUUUUCCACGAGAGCGAUUUCGCUUUUAUCGCUUGGCAGACUCGAUGCUCAAGGUGACACCCGGGCCGACAUGGAAGCAGGCCUUCCACGGCACUUGGAUGUACGGAGUUUGGUCAACGCUGGCGGCUGGGCAGGGCAGCUACUGGCGUCCGAGGACGAAGACAAGGGCCAUGUUUGCAGAUGGGUCGUACUGUCGAGCUAUCUUCGAGCUCAUGGUAGAUUUCGACCAGCUGACCGCAAAGCGAAACAAGGGAGGAGUUCAGUGGGUGAGCAAGCCUGAAGGCGUGGCUGUCCUUGGUGUCUGGCUUCUGGUAAACGCACCGCCAAGCAAAGGAGAUGAGUUCAUGGAGGCUUGGGACCCGGUUCUUGAAGUUCGUCCUGAAAACAAGCCUGCAGUUGCUGCCGUGGUAAACGAACGUCAAAUGGUUGGGGACGAGACGCUGAAAGGGUGCCGCGCGUGGGAGACAUGUGCAAAACCGCCGAAAGCUCUGUUGGACGGCGUCUCCGGAGUCGCUGGAGGCAUCGACCCCGCGACGUCCGGAGUCGCUGAAGGCAUCGACCCUGCGACGUCGGCAAUCGCUGGAGGCAUCGACCCCGUGACGUCUGGAUUCGCCGGAGGCAUUGAACCUGCGACUUACGCUGGGGUACCUCCUCCGUGGCUAGACAUCGAGCCCGCAGCGGACGAUGACGUACCAGAGGUACCGACAAAAAUAGUGGAGAUUGUGUCGUAUGGAAUGAACUACCAACGGGUCGACGGCGCGGACAUCUAUGUAGAUCUGCGAGAUUUACGAACGCCCGACUAUGACCAUCGAGCAUCCCAGCACCUCGGCAACCGGCCGCCGAAGAGACCUUCGGGUCUGGAUACAGAAACCCGGAUGGCCGUCGCAAGCAGCCUGGAAGCUCAGCGCAUCUUCUCUGCUGUCUUGGAUCAUAUUGACAGUAUCAGGGCAGAGCGAACCGACGAAGCGGCUACGGCUUUGUGCAGCUCGCAUGCUUUGCCGCUGUGGAGUCGCAAAGAAUGGGCUCUGGCAUCCUUUUUCCGGGAAUGCAACCGUCGCGGGCAGUCCGUGUUGGACCCUGCUGCCUCCGACACAGGAGGCUUCGACCCCGUGUCACGGAGGCCGAUUGAAGGGCGCACGUACCGCUUGGUUGACAAUGUUCAGCAGGCGGUAGCUGGGGAGUUCAUUGCGCACCUGCUCGAGGUGAAGAUGCUCGCGGACCAGGUGAAGACGCUGCAGGAGCUGAAGUUGCUGUACUUGGACAGAAGGCAGGAGCGGAUGGAGCUGCGUGGCAUUUUGCCGUUGCAGCCUGGCAGCUUUCAAACGGAGUACAUUCUUUAUGAGAGCAUCGACUGUCUGCAUUGGGUGGAUCAUUAUGUCGCAACUGAAUAUUACUUUCGGUGCACGGGUCGCUGCUCCCGGCGGCCGUGCGCCGCUGGUGGUGCCUGUGUGACUUGGCUGUUUAUCAUAAUCACGUUUUUGCGUCUGUGCUUCUUUACGUUGGCUGCAGUCUGA